CUCCGCAGUACAUCGCAUUUGCGGGCGCGCGGGCCGGACGCGCAGCCGGGGAGGACCGGUCGUAGCGCGAGCGGGGCUGCCCCGGCGCGCGCCAGCCAGGCGGUCAUCCGACGCGCCCCCUAAUCGAAUAGACCCCUACCACCGGCAUUGCCGGCGCGCGACGAGUCGCAUCUAAGGAAAAUGGUGGCCCUGGACGACGACGACGCGGCCCUCACCUGCGUGGGCGGCGGCGCCAGGGCCGCGUUGGGCGCCAUCGAGGCCAUCGCGAAGCAGUUCGAGGCGAACCGCGCCGCCGCGGGCGUUCUGGAAAGGCUCGAGAAAUUAGAGAGGGCCGACGCCGAGAAGAGUGAGAGGCUCGACCGCAUGGAACUGCAGAUCGAGUCGCUCUCGCACAACCUGAGCGGCGUCGCGGACGACGCCGCGCGGCGCGCCAAGGAGGAGGCCGAGCGCAAGCGGUACAAGGCCCUGCUGCUCGGGAGGCAGCUCGCGGGCAUGGCCAAGAUUAAAGCCGGGGCCAAGGCCGCGGCGGAGCGGGCGCGCCAGCGGUUGGCCGCGGCGCGCGAAUCCGGCGAGGAGCCCGCGGAUUUGGGGGCGGGCUUCAAGGCCGACGGGGCGCCGCGGAACCCCGAGGCCAUUAAACGGUGGCACUGGGCGUUCCGUCAGAUCAAGCUGAAGCGGAAGCUGGCGAAGUUGGGCGCCGACGUGCGCUGCGCGCCGCGGAACAGCGUCGCGGAGCGCUUGAAGGCCAUGGAGGAGUUGGUGGGGAACCUGAGGAACCGCAUCGAGUACUACGAGAAGCAGGAGGAGACGCGGGCGGAGUCGCCGGGCCCCGACGCUGAUACUCAGAACGCGAUGCUGCGCUUCGAGUACCAGCUCGAGAAGCAGGCGGAAACCGUGGGUGGUCUGGGCGAGCGCGUCGACGGCAUCGAUGGUCGGCUGCGCGAGGUCUCGACGAACGUCGAGCAGCUCUCGGGCGACGUCGCCGGCUCCAUCGAGGGCCUCGGGGCCUUGCGGGAGGCGCAGCUCGCUCAUUCGACGCCCAAGGACAUCACGCAGGAGGUCCAGACCCUCGAGGGCCUCGCGAGGGACGCCGUGCCCAUAAUCGAGGGGCGGGCGCCGCUCGUCGCCUUCGUGAGCGACCUCGUGGGCGAGGCUGCUCUACAAGACGCCGCGGCCGACGCGGGCGAGGACGCCGCGUUAUUCGUAAAGCCGACGAUCUGCGACGCGGCGAGCGCGCCGAGCGUCGAGCGGCUGGCCUGGGCCUGCUACCGGCUCUUGGACUCGGACGUCCAGGACCUUCUGGAAGAGUACGAGGGCCCGCGGACGGCCGUGCGGGGGCCCUUCGGCAAGACGCUGCGGGCCGUCUACGACGCCCUGCUAAAUGCUCUGGAGACGGUCACGUCUCCGGCGGCGGUGAAGCUCGACGUGCGCGCGCUGGAGACGCGGAGCUCGGCGCGCGUGUCCAGCGUCCGGGAGGAUCUCCAUGCACUCGAGAGCGACGCGAAGUCGGGGAUGGACGCGCUCGGCGCUUCGCUAAACGCGGACGUGCGCGCGGUCGAGGAGAAGGACGCCGAGGCGCGCCGGGAGCUCGAGGAGCGCGCCUCGGAGCUCGAGGAGGCGUCGAAGAGUGGAUUGAAUGCCGUCGAGCAGGACGUGCGCGCGCUCGAGUAUAGGAUCGAGGCCGAGGCGGCGGCGGCCCGGGCGAAGCCGCGCUCUCCCUCGCCCAACCGGCCGCGGACCGCCGAGCGGCCGCGGACGCCGGGCGCGAACGCGGCCGGCGACGCGCUGGUACGGAAGUUGGAUCAGGUGGCCAGCCUGGCCGACGACGCGCAGCGGCGGUCCAUGGAGGCGCUGCCGCGGUCGGCCUUCGAGGAGUUCCGACAGGAGCAGUCGCGGGAGGCGGCGGAGCGCGCGCGGAAGAAGGCCGCGGCCGAGGCCGCCAAAGCUAAACGGCGGGCCCUGCGCGAGGCCGAGGCGGCGGCCGCCGCCGCCGCCGCGGACGACGCGUCCUUCGCGACCCAAGAAUCGGCGCCGGCCGGCUACCUGCUCAAGCCCAAGCAGAAUAUUAAAAGGAGACCCAAGAACCCCCAGGAGUUGUUCGACGACCUCUACGAGCCCGUCCGGCCGCCGACGGCCGAGGAGACGCUCGAACGGCAGCGCGCGCUCAUGGUCAAGAUUCUCAGUCGGAUGGCGAACGUCAAGGUCUGGGGCGUCUGGAACUGCUGGUACGACGCAACCCAGAAAGCGAAGGCCGCCGAGGCGCAGGCCAAGGCCGCGGCCGAGGCCGAGCGCCAGCGCCUGGAGGCGGAACGCAUGCAGGCCGAGAUCGAAAGGUUGGAGGCCGCGCGUCUGGCGGCCGAGGGCGCCGAGGCUGAUAGAUUAGCCGCCGAGGCGGAGAAGGCGCGCCUGGACGCGGAGCGCUUGGAGCGGGAGCGCCUCGAGGCCCAGCGCCUCGAAGCGGAGCGCCUCGAGGCCCAGCGGCUGGCCGAGGCCGAGCGCCGGGCCGCCGAGGAGGCCGCGCGGCGCGUGGACCGCGCCGCGAGCCCCAUCCCCGUCGAGGAGGAAACCCAAACCAUCGAGGAGCGGCCCUCGAUCGAGUCCUUCGAGACGGGCACGGACACCUUCGACCUGGUCGAGAAGUUCAAGGGGCCGGCCGGGGCUUCCAGGGACGAGGUCAAGGCCCUCGAGAAGCGCCUGGUCGAGGCCCUCUCGUCCGUCGAGGGCAGGCUCGCGGAGCUCUCCGCGAGUUCAUCGGACAUGGGCCAAAAGGUGCCUGAAUUACGGGACGCCCUGACGCUGCUCGGGUCGCAGCUCGCGUCCAUGCAGCACAGCAAGGCCGACCGCGGCAAGAUGGAGCGGCAGCUCAAGGGUAAGGUGGAUAGGGACGAGAUCGACGACAUCGCCGCGCGCCUCGCGGGCGACAAGGACGACGACCUGGAUCCGACCUUAGUUGCCAAACAACAAGUGCCCGCGUUGAAAUGCCUGAGCUGCGACCGGCCUUUGACCAUGGCGCCGCGGACGGAGGCCGGCAUCUUUCCGCCGGCCGCCUACGCGGGCGCCGCACCAUCAAAGGUCGAGUCGCUCGGCCGCGGGCCGACGCCGCUCGACGCGCUGUACGCCGCGGGCGCGCGGCCGCGGUCCGCGCACGCGCCGUUGCUCCGGCCGCCGCCGGGCACGUCGCAGAACCUGCUGGGGCGCUACCCGCCGCUGAACGGGACGCGGUCGCGGCCGACGAGCCGGGCGGGGGGGCGGUAGUAAUCUCCUCGUUCUAAAAAACGGGUUUGCCAAGCCGAGUCAGCCGCAAUAAUAGG